AUGAAUGGGCUUAUGGAGGGAAACCAGGCGAACCAGCCGCCUCCGUUUCUAAUAAAGACGUACGAUAUGGUAGAAGACCCGACGACGGACCAUAUAGUGUCGUGGAGUAGUGGUAACAACAGUUUCGUCGUGUGGAACCCUCCCGAGUUCGCCAGGGACCUCCUGCCGAAGUACUUUAAGCACAACAACUUCUCGAGCUUCGUCCGCCAAUUAAACACUUACGGGUUUCGCAAGGUGGAUCCAGACCGAUGGGAGUUCGCCAACGAGGGUUUUCUGCGAGGCCAGCGGCACCUCCUUCGCACAAUCCAGCGUCGCAAGCCCGCGUCGCAGACCGGAGCCGCGGCAAACUCCCCUCUCCCCCACAUCCAUCCUCACUCUCCCGCGUCGCUCCACGGGGCGCUCCCCGUCCCCGCGUCGCCCAGCCUAGUCGAGGUCGGCAAGUUCGGCCUAGAAGGCGAGGUGGAGAGAUUAAAGCGCGACAAGAACGUUCUCAUGCUUGAACUCAACCCCGCGUUCCUCGCGCAGCUGAUGCAGCACCAGACGGACCACGCGAAGCGCACGCACGCGCACGCCGCCAUGGGGCGCAAGAAGCGGCGCAUCUCCAAGCAGGACGGCGGAAACUCCCCGCCGUCUGGGUCCUCCUCCCCCAGUCUGCACCCGGAAGGGCAGAUCAUCGCGUUCUCCCCCGCCGCAGCGGAUCCUUCUAUGUUCCUUCUAGAGCAGUUCUUUCCGGCCCCUGCCAACGCCUCUGCUAGCACUACUGCCACUCCCGCUUCUAAUCCCGCUGCCAAUGCCCCGCUCGCUGCCAGCGCUAGCGCCACAGGCUCUGCUGCCUCUCUCGCCCACAAUUGCCCUGCUUCUGCGGCUGUAUCUGGGGCGGGUGUUUCUGCUCCGGUUGUUGAGACAAAGGUGCCGGUGGCCUUGGCUGUCCCUAGUGUAGCGACAGGAGAGGCGUCAGGGGCGGGUGAAAGCAGCAGUGCAGCAGGCGGGGCAGUGUCCAGUGGGAAAGCGCGUGGAGACGUGGUGGGGGCCGGAGCAGGGGAGAUGGUGAGAGAAGCAGGAGUGGUUGGGGGAGGAGGGGUUGGGGAAGGGGUGGGAGGGGAGGGUAUGGGGGAAGGCAUUGGGGAGGGGGAUGGGUUGGAUCUGGAGGGUACGGGGGGCUUUAAUGAUUCCUUCUGGCAGCAGUUUCUCAGUGUGGCGCCGGGGGAGGGGGAGGGAGAAGGGGAGGGCGGAGGGGAGGGGGAUGGGGAGGGCGGUGUGGGGGAUUUGAAUGUGGAUGAGCUGGCAAGGGGGGUAGAGGGGUCGCUCGAGGGAGAGGAAGGGAGUCGCUCACCAUCACAAACGUCACCGAGCGACAUUCGUAGCUAUCUCAUAGUUGACCUCAUGGCUCCUCUAGUCUCUGCAAAAGGCGCGCUCGUCCUCGGGCUGCUCUUCGCGUCCGCGCUCCUCACUCUCGCCCGACCCACAUGCGUGCUCUACUCGAACUGGGACAUGACGGACAAGCAGCAGACGCAGGCGAAGAAGAGCGGCAAGUCCACCAAGUCACUACCCACUGGCAGACUCACCAUCAAGGAGUCCAAGGGCAAAGAGGACGAGUCGUUCGACCUCCAGGUGACUGCGGAGGUGAGCGAGCUACCGGAGCCGCCGGUGGGAAUCGUGAUCGGCAAGGGAAAGUUUGGCAGCAACACGGGCGUGUCGUGGUACAUCAACAAGCCCUGGAGCGGCAGCGGCGGCUCGUACAAGCUAGAAUUGAAGCUGACGGGCAUUGAGAAGAUCAAGCCACGUGGCGGCAGCGGCACGAUUCUGGAGGUGCUGCAGGCUGUGGAUAAGGGCGUCACGUCGGACUACUACUCGUCUGUCCUCACUAAGUCCACCAGGAAAUCCGGCGGCCUCGUUGGUGGCGGAUUCAGUGGGAGCGGCGUGGCGAGCUGGUCCUCGCGCGGGGCUAUGGCGAGCGUCAACCCCAUAUCCCUCGCAGGACCCUCGCCGCAGGACGUUCAACGGACGAAGGAGCUAGAGAAGUUUCUGGUCGAUGCGGGGCUGUACGAGAGCCAAGACGAGGCCAUCCUGCGCGAGGAGGUUCUCGGCCGUCUCGACGAGAUAGUGAAGGUGUGGGUGAAGAGUGUGAGUCGGCGCAAGGGCUUUAACGACCAGUUUGUCGCGGACGCAAACGCCAAGAUCUUCACAUUCGGCUCCUACCGCCUCGGGGUGCACGGUCCAGGCGCCGAUAUCGACACGCUCUGUGUGGGCCCGCGCCACGCCACGAGGGAGGAGGAUUUCUUCGGCGAGCUACACGACAUGCUGGCGCAGCUGGCGGAGGUGGCGGAGCUGCACUCGGUGCCCGAUGCGCACGUGCCUGUGAUGAAGUUCAAGUUCCGCGGCAUCUCCAUCGACCUGCUCUACGCGCAGCUCGCGCACACUGUUGUUCCCGAGGACCUGGAUCUAUCGGAGGAGGCGAUACUGCAGAACGUGGACGAGUGGACGCAGCGGUCGCUCAAUGGGUGCCGCGUGACAGACCAGAUCCUCAAGCUCGUUCCCAACAUCGAGACGUUUCGCCUGACACUGAGGUGCAUGAAGCAUUGGGCCAAGAAGCGAGGCGUCUAUUCUAAUGUGAGUCACUCCUGCGCUGCGUUGCCUGCGCCCCUCAUCCGUUCCCGCUCCCUGUGUGCCUGCAUCCUUCCUCCCCCCAUCUUCUCUCACUCGCUUCUUGCUCUUCGCCGUCUCGUCCAACCGCCAUCUUGUCUUUCUCCUCUCCUCAUCGCUCCCUCUUGCUUCUCUACCCCAACCUCCCUCCUCUCUCCUUCCCUGUCCCCCCUUCUCCCUCCUCUCUCCUUCCCUGUCCCCCCUUCUCCCUCCUCUCUCCUUCCCUGUCCCCCCUUCUCCCUCCUCUCUCCUUCCCUGUCCCCCCUUCUCCCUCCUCUCUCCUUCCCUGUCCCCCCUUCUCCCUCCUCUCUCCUUCCCUGUCCCCCCUUCUCCCUCCUCUCUCCUUCCCUGUUCCCCCUUCUCCCUCCUCUCUCCUUCCCUGUCCCCCCUUCUCCCUCCUCUCUCCUUCCCUGUCCCCCCUUCUCCCUCCUCCUCCGCCCUCUGUGCCCCUCCCCUCCCCUCCUCCUCUUACCCCUCUUCCAGGUCGCGGGAUUCCUGGGCGGCGUGAAUUGGGCGAUCCUGGCAGGGCGCGUGUGCCAGCUGUACCCCAACGCGGCCCCCUCCAUGCUGGUGGCGCGCUUCUUCCGCUUCUACACGCUCUGGCAGUGGCCGCUGCCCAUCAUGCUCACAGAUAUCGACCACGGCGCCAUGGGCUUUAACUUCCCCAUCUGGGACCCCAGGCGCAACCCCCGCGAUGCCUUGCACCUCAUGCCGAUUAUCACGCCCGCGUAUCCGUGCAUGAAUAGCAGCUAUAAUGUCUCGGAGAGCACGCUCAGGGUUAUGAAGGACGAGUUUCGGCGCGGGAAGGAGAUUUGCGAUAGGAUUGAGGGGGCGGUUGGGGGCGGGGGAGGGGGGGGAGCAGGGGGAGCAGCGGGGGGGACGGGGGGAGCAGGGGGAGGGGGGGCGGGGGAGCAGAGGGCGGAGUGGGCGGAGCUGUUUGAGCCGUUUGCGUUCUUUGAGGCGUACAACCACUACUUGCAGAUCGACAUCAGCGCUGCCAGCGAUGCGGACAUGCUCAAAUGGAAGGGCUGGGUGGAGUCACGGCUGCGCACGCUCGUUACCAGGGUGGGUGUGGCACCACCAGCAUGUGUGUGGGAUCGUCGACCUCUUUUCCUCUCCCAUUCCCAUCCUCUCUCCCCACUAUUUGCCCUUCCCUGUCAGAUCGAGCGGCAUACAGACGGGCUGCUGCAGUGCCACCCGCACGUGUGUGAGAUCCACGACCCGGCCCGCUCCUACCCACACUGCCUCUUCUACAUGGGCCUGCAGCGCCGCGCCCCCCCCACCCCCACCCCCACCACCCCCGGCACUCCCGGCGCCGAGGAGAACGGGGGCGCUGGUGCUGCCGGUGGGGGAGCGCGGGAGUUUGACAUUCGGUACACAGUGGACGAUUUCAAGAGCACGGUGGAGAGCUUUCAGAUGUGGCGAGAGGGCAUGGGGAUCGAUGUGCUGUAUUUGAAACGCAAGCAGCUGCCGCUGUUUGUGUUCCCGAGGGGCGUGAAGCCCAGACGGGCGUCACGAGGGGGGAAGGGGUCGGGGAAAAAGGAGAAGGCAGCAGCGGGAUUGUCACCCGUGUCCCCUGCUCUUGUCUCUGUGGGUGCUGCUGGUGGGGCAGCAGCAGCAGAAGGGGGGGGCGAGGGGGUGGUGAGAGGGGCGGGUGCGGGGGGAGCAGAGGCGGUGCAGGCAGCAGGAGGAGCGGCAGCUGUGGCUGUCAAUGGCAGUCUAGACGAAUUGGAGGUGUUGUUUGCUUGA